ACAAAAUUUUAGGAUGGAGUUAAUAAUCCGGUCCAACCCAGUUCAAAUAAUCAGACACCAAAUUUGCAGUGAUUCUUGUGAAAAUAAGGGAAAAAAAGAAGAAAGUAUGCAAAAUAUACCAAAAAUGUUCUCAGAGAUCCAAAAAGUAACCGAUAAGGCAAUGGUAUUUCUCCAGAAGAAAGCACUUUCCGCUCUGUAUAUUCCAAAGCAACAGCUACAUAUGGCUAUGAACAACACCACUGCUCCUAAAGUGCAGCUUCUUUAUGAUCUCUGCAAAACCACUUUCACUCCUUCAGGCUUGUCUUCUUCUCCUUCUCCUCAACCAAUCCACAAACUCUGCUCUCUUCUGGACACAUUUGGCCCUGCUGAUGUUGGACUUAAAGAGGAAAGUCCAGAUGAUGAUCGAGGGCAUGGAUUUUUUGGACUAAAUAGAGUAACUCGAUGGGCUCAACCGAUAACAUAUUUGGACAUUCAUGAAUGUGAUAGUUUUACGAUGUGUAUCUUCUGCUUUCCUACUUCUUCGGUUAUUCCAUUACAUGACCAUCCUGGGAUGACCGUAUUCAGUAAAGUUCUUUACGGGUCUAUGCAUGUGAAGGCCUAUGACUGGGUUGAACCAUCUUGUAUUAAGGAAAGCCAGGAGCCAGGUUGCCCUCAAGUAAGGUUAGCAAGAUUGGCGGCUGAUAAAGUUUUAACUGCACCAUGCGGAACCUCCAUUUUGUACCCGAAAACUGGGGGCAAUCUGCAUUGUUUUACGGCAGUCACCCCUUGUGCCGUGCUUGAUGUACUUGCUCCUCCUUACAGAGAAGAUCUAGGUCGAAAAUGCACUUACUAUGUCGACUAUCCGUAUUCUGCCUUUGGGAAUGACUUUCCUCAAGGAAAUGGAGCUCAGAUAAGCAACGGAAAGGAAGAGGAGUAUGCAUGGCUUGCAGAGAUAGAAACACCAGACGACCUAUAUAUGCGUUCGGGUGUGUAUGUUGGCCCAUCUAUUCGGGUUUAGGGUUUGGUAUAUAUAAAUAUCAUGUUGGCUGCUCAGUUCUUUGGCCUGAAUCUAGGGAAAGCUUUGAGAAGAUAAGUCAUGGCCUCAAUCACAUGCAAAUCUGAAAUAUGCUCUUUCAAUGAGCUUUAAACAUGGCUUUGCUCUUUGAUCAAUACAUGUAAUUGAAAAAGAAAAAGAAAAAGAGUAACCAUAAAAUUGUAUGAUCAGACAUCUUCAGUAGGUUGUAUGAUCUCCAAUGUCCUUGCUCAA